GAUUCCAAACCAUCGUUAAAUGUUACCAAUAAAAUCUUUUUUAGUUCGUUGGUCGCAGUUUUCUCAUUCGUUCUUUCCGGAACGCCUGCAUUGAACCCGAAGGAUUGUUUGGAAGCAAAAAUGGCCGCCGUUGAAGGAAAACAGUCCAUUAGCGAGAUGUAUCAUCUUAAGGAAAAGGAAGAAGUUGUAACUGGUGAAAGCCAGCCGCCUGCAGAGGAGGUUACCAGUGAAACAAGUGCUAAUGAGGAGGAAGCAAAAGAAAUCCCGACAGAGGAAGAAAUUGUUGCAGAUACAGAAACCACUGUAGAGAAAGAAACUGUUGUAGAUACAGAAACUGCUGCAGAGGAAGAAACUGCAGAAGAGGAAAGUGUAGAGGAGCCACGACUCAAGGUAGAAGACAUAAAGACUGCUCCUGCUGAUUUUCGGUUUCCUACAACUAAUCAAACUAGGCAUUGUUUUACUCGCUACAUUGAGUAUCACAAGUGUGUAGCUUCAAAAGGUGAAGAUGCCAGUGAAUGUGACAAGUAUGCCAAGUAUUAUCGUUCUCUUUGUCCUGGUGAAUGGAUUGAGAGAUGGAAUGAACAGAGGGAAAAUGGGACGUUUCCUGGGCCCCUGUAAUGUAGUUACAGUUCAUUGUUAAUCGUACACAAUGAAAUUUUCUGUCAUUGUGGACAUUUUUAAAUUCGGCAAUUAAGGUUUUAUUUGAGGGUACAAAAAUGCUUUGCAGAUGUCUUUCCUCAAGAGGAGGAUGAUUUUAGGGGGUGGCCUCUGUUGAUACGAUCCUCGGGACAACAUUUUUUUAGUUAUCUCAGAGAUUAACAGACACUAAACGCAUAUGGAAUUGGCUGUGUCUCUGUUUGAAUAAUUCCAUUGCAACUGUAAGCAUCGGCGAUCCUUUCCAAAAAAUAAGUGAGCCUUUCCAAAGAUGAGUGGUACAAUUAUCCAAUUUAUACAGUCAUGUGAUUGGUUUUUAAUAAUUACUCCAAUAAUAUAAAAUCUUCACCAUUUAAGGACUAAAAUUACAAUAUCCUUGAUAUCUGUAAUUGAAAUGUCACUCUAAGGUUUAUUC